UGGAGUUCUCUGGUGAUAAGCUUUGUAGACUGACGUUAUUAUUUAAUAGGUGACAAAAGUGGGGCGUACAAGUCGUCACAUAAAGUCAAGUCUUCUGGAUAAAAAAUGUCCAUAUACGGACCAUUGCUGACCGUCCUUUUAGGCUUGUUUUUGAGCUGUGAUGCCUUAAAACGAGUAUGUUAUUACGGGAGCUGGACGUCACACCUCACACCGGAGGACAUUGACCCGAGUCUGUGUACUCACCUCAUGUUUGCCUUCUCAACCCUUGACGCCAACGGAACUGAGAUCAUACCAUUCGAAUCAUACGAGCCAGCCUUGUACCUGCGAUUUACAAAUUUAAAAUCUCAAAAUGCCAAACUAAAGACAAUGUUGUCUUUAGGCGGAUGGACAAUGGGUAGUAAAUUAUUCAUAGAGCUGGUGUCAUCAGAAAGUAACAUGAGGGAAUUUGCGUCAAACGCCAUCACGUAUUUAAGAACCUACAACUUUGACGGUUUAGACAUCGACUGGGAAUAUCCAGCGGCUCGGGGCAGUGGACCGGAGGAUAAAGCUAACUUUAUUACAUUGUUAAAGAUUGUCCAUAAUGCAUUUGUACAUGAAGCACACAAGGAAGAUAAGCCACGCCUUCUUCUGACGGCGGCUGUUGGAACGUCAGAAUUCAGAGUAACAGAAUCGUAUGAUGUUCAUGGACUUUCUAGAUAUUUGGACUUUAUCAACUUGAUGAUGUAUGAUUUCCACGGACAAUGGGAGGAUACAGUCAAUGUUCACAGUGCUCUGUACAGUGACAACGAUUUCAGUAUAGACCGAUUUGUCAAAUACUGGAUUUCUGAGGGCGCUCCAAAGAAGAAACUUGUUAUCGGUGUACCCUUCUAUGGGCAUACCUUUACCCUAGCUGACAAACAACAAGCUAGUAUGGGCGAUAACAGUACCGCCGGAGGAAGCAUGCCGUACUAUCAGAUAUGCCAGACAUUGACCAGAAACGAUACCAUACAUGUAAGACUUGACAGAGAAAGGGUUCCGUACUUCGUAUAUGAUGAUCAAUGGGUGGGGUACGAUGAUGCACAAAGCAUAAUGGAGAAGGCACAAUACAUCCGGGACAAUGGUCUAGCUGGUGCCAUGGUAUGGGCGUUGGAUCUAGAUGAUACCACAGGGGCGUGUGGAGACGGUAAAUUUCCAUUGAUGCAUGCACUGAAGAAGGGUCUCAUUGAAGGAUACCAAGUCGUUGGAUGAUGAAAUGAACUUUGUGUAUUUUGUUUCCUAGUAGACCUAGAUAUAAAUAAAAUUUGAUACGAAA